AUGAUUCCACCACAUCGACCUGCUACAGCGAGUACCAGUAAUCCGAUUCAAAUGCCUUCGUCCGGUGCUGUCGGUAUAACGCUGAGAACACCCGAACCAUCGCCGAGGAUUCGAAAGGAUGUUACUCCGGAUGUUCGGGUUGGUGUCGGAAGGCAUCGCGACAAACUGGAGCUAAUUCGAGAUUCGUUGCGGCCAUUCGAACAAGCGUGUAGCUCUGAUGGAGCCACUGCUCAAGCACAUAAUAUCAUCAAUAACAAUGUGGCAAACAACAAUGCCGAAGAUGAAAUGCGACGUCAAAUAAUGCUGAAUACGCUCACACAGAUUGGUUUUGAAAAGGAGGCCGCUAUGUUGGCGUUGCAGUUGGUAAGAUUUUCGAGUGUAGCGGCAGCCGCUGAAGUGUUGCUGAAUAUAAACAAAGAUCACGUUUUCCAGCAGGAUUUGCCUCGCUUCUCAAAUGGUGUCUAUGCAUCCGUUGCUCCGACUGCAUCCGUUCCGUUGGCUACUUCGUCACCAUCGUACACUACUGCUCCUCUAAGUGUUAAUAACAACACUAAUAUUCUGAAUAUCCCCACCACACUUGCAAAUGCCAUCAAUAACAAUAGUGUUAGCAAUAAUAAUAUGGCAUAUUCCUCUGCCAAACCAGCGCCAUCUAUAUUACAAGCUACGCAGCAACAACAACCUAAUAUGAAUUCUGCAAAUAUAAAUGUUCCAUCGCAAGUAUCUCAAGCGGUACCAGCCGCAUCUUCAUCAACGUCAUCAGCCAAUAACAACUACGAUGAUAGCGGUUCAAGUCGAUCUGAUAGCCCGUUGGCUCGUAUACCAAGUCCACCUGCUUCAUAUAAUGUGCGAUCGCCUAGUCCACAAAGACAAAUUUCUUCGAAUCACUUCCAUCAUCCGGUAGCAGCUGCAACCGAUUUUCAUCGAACGCAUCCACAUUUAACGUUGGCCAAUACAAACGUGAACGCUUACGACUAUGCAGUUCCGUCCUCUUCAUCAACUCAAACCGGCGUAAUACCUGUGCAAAUAUCGGCUUUAAGAACUGGUGUAGCAAGAAGUCAUAAAGUCGAACGACCACACGCACAACAAGCAUCCACAGUGAUUUCCAUCGAAAAGGGGGUACCCGGCGCUGCCGAACGGUUCAUCAGGCCGUUGACUUCGAUCAGUCCUCAACAUAUGAAUGCAAAUAAUGCAAUCCGAAGAAACGAAGCAGUUCCAGUUAUCCGAACACGAUUGGAGAAAUCGCACAAUACAAUGUUGCAAAUCAAUGUGGAUUCAUCGCAAAUGGCAAGUGAUGGAAUUCGUCGAAGCAGGUAUCACCUGAAUGCGAUCAAUGACGAGACUGUGCAUGGAAAUGGAACCGGAUUGCCUGGUAUACAAAGCAUAUUAGUUGAUCCAGAUAUAACGACAUCAAGUUAUGCGAAUUAUGUGGAUCAAUUAUGUCGUCGAACGAUCCUUAUGACCACAAACGAUCGAGAUUCGAUAGCAAAUGCAGCAACAUCUGAUUCAACUCAGCUUCAUGAAGCGUAUCAUCGGACUUCAACUGCGCCUCCUCAUUCAGCACGGAGUUCACCACCAGUGAGCACCAGUUCAACCAUUGGUAAUGUGGAAAGUGACGGUGUGGUCAGGUGCGUUUCUCCGCUUCCUGAAAGUAUCACUCGCCGACUACGAAACAAAACCUAUGAAAGUGCUGUGAAGCCGUGUAGACCGAAGAUGUUUUGUUUCUAUAUGGAACAGCAUGUUGAACGACUUCUACAACAAUACAAAGAACGACAGCAACGAGCGCAGCAGCUGGCAAAAGAGAUGGAAUGUGCUGAUCUGCCAGAAAAUCUGCGUGAACAAAUGAUGAAUUUUUUGACGCAGAAAGAGUCAAGAUAUCUGCGUUAUCGACGACAAAAGAUGGACAAAAAUAUGUUCGAAAUGAUCAAACAAAUUGGAAUCGGGGCAUUUGGACGUGUUUCGCUCGUUAAAAAGAAAGAUACUGGGCAAGUUUAUGCGAUGAAAACGUUGAUGAAGAAGGAUGUCAUUAUGAAGCAACAAGCGGCUCAUGUGAAGGCUGAACGCGAUAUCUUGGCUGAAGCGAACAGUCAGUGGAUCGUGAAAUUGUUCUUCUCCUUUCAGGAUCAACAGUCAUUAUAUUUCAUAAUGGAGUACGUCCCUGGUGGUGAUAUGAUGCAGUUGUUGAUCAAUAAGGGAGUGUUCUAUGAGAAGCUUGCUAGGUUUUAUAUUGCCGAAUUGACAUGCGCAAUCGAAUACGUUCAUCGGCUUGGAUUCAUCCAUCGUGAUAUCAAACCAGAUAAUAUUCUAAUCGAUCAAAACGGUCAUAUAAAGCUUACGGAUUUUGGUCUUUGUACUGGACUGCGCUGGACGCACGAUAAACGCUUCUAUGGACCCGAUAGCGAUGAAGUGGAAGGCAAUCAUUCUCGACAGGAUUCGUUCAAUAUACCAUCACAUUUGAUGGGUAAAAAUCGACCAAAAGUCUUGGACAUGCGAAACCAUUGCAAACGUAAUCAGUCGCAUUCCUUGGUGGGUACAGACAACUAUAUGGCACCUGAAGUCAUCCGAGGAACAGGUCACACGCAACUGUGUGACUGGUGGUCAGUUGGUGUUAUCUUGUAUGAGAUGGUUUUUGGUAGACCACCGUUCUUGUCUAGUGACCGUUACGAAACGCAGUUUAAGAUUGUUAAUUGGCGGCAGUUUCUGGAUUUGAACCAUCCGAUUGGUGCAAAAUUAUCGGCUGAGUGUAUAAAUGUGAUUCGUCGAUUGUGCUGUGAUCAAGAAACGCGUCUGGGCUGUGAAAAUGGUGCACAAGAUAUAAAACAACACAACUGGUUCAAGGGCAUCGAUUUUGCAACAUUGCGUUCCACUCGUGCUGAGUUCAUUCCACGCGUUGAUCACGCCGAGGAUACGUCAAAUUUCGAUACGUUUGACGUUGACUCGAGCGAUCAGUCGUUUGACACAAUGGCGAAACGAGUUGGUACUGCGACGAAUCCAGCAUUUUAUGAGUUCACUUUUCGACAUUUCUUUGACUUCGAUGGCCAGGGAUGUCCAAGUUUACGAACUCAACGUCGACCAUCGCUGGCGCCCGUAAUCGAAACAAACGACAAGCCUCAUAAUAACGAGGUGAAACAACCAUUUCAUCAACAACAGCAACAAUAUCAGCUGCAGCAAAUUGCCUAUAAGAAACCCCUCACCAAACAAUAUAGUGAUGAAUUUGAUAGUGAUGACUCAUUGGUUGUAUGA